AUCAGCACCACAGAGAGCAGUGCUAGCCAAGUGGCUAAUGGAAUACUGACUACAGAGUAUAUGGUUGUCUAGGCAACCAAGGAAGCAGUAGGCCUUUUGAAAAAUACAUGAAUUGAAACAUACUUUCUGUAUUCUGUAUUCCUUUUGCAAUUUAGCUUAGCUGCCUUCACUGUUAAACAUUUGAAAAGACACAAAGCUAGUAUUUGUAAUUAUUGUGGCCUACCAAUAUUAACUAAUUAAAAUGAUAUUCAACAAAAUACAGCUACAACAGCCAUGAGACCUGACAUCACAAGGCAGAAAUCAGCUAGAAUUCUAAAAGCCAUAAAAAUAUUAUGUUUUAAAAGUUCUGUGUAUUAUGACAUCACAAGUGUCACUACAUGCAACUCUGCAGUUCAAUUAUUCACCAUUGCUAUUCUUAACGCAAGCUGACAGAUUGUAUUGGUUACGUUACUGAUUUAAUGUAUUAAUUUACUUCACUCUUUUCAAAAAUUGUUACUAAAUAUAUACGUAUUGUAGCACGUAAGUAUGCCACCCAACGUGUUUUCGCGUUGGUGGCUGUUUAUUUUCCCUCUUUUCCUUUUUUUUUUCUUUUUCCUCACAAAUUCAGCAUUUUCCAAUGUUGGUAAGUACAGGGGUGCAUUUGUUUAAUUUGAAUGUAAAACUGCUUGUCCUGGUUAUUUGUCUGAACUGUGUAGUGUGCCAACUUUUGGUUUCUAGGAAGUACUGUGGUUUAACAGAUGGGUUUCUUCUAUGUUAUUAAUCAGCAUUGAAAUAUGAAUUUCUUGUAUAGCCUGAAAGAACUGCCAGAUAUUAACACCGAACAAGAAACUAAUGCUGAAAUUAUUCCAUGUGAUGCUACUUAUGCUAGAUAUCAAGAAAUGAUUAGCCUAAUAGACAAUUAAUUAUGGGAAAUUGUUUGUGUAUCAAGAUAUAGGAUACAUGGACCUUAUGGACCUUUAGCUGACUGUAUUAGAAAAGUUCAUUAUUAUCACAGACUUCCAAUUGAUUUAUUUGAUUUGUUCAUCUUUGCAUUCACGGUGAUAUAGCGGUAAUGAAUAUCAGUAUAGUGACUCAAUUAUUAUUAUUAUUAUUAUUAUUAUAAAGAAAUACAGUUACCUAUAGCCAUCUUUCCAUAUUGGUUCAAUAAAUGUACCUUCCAACCAGCUUAAUAAUAACAAGCUUUAUGUUGUAUGUAUGGGUGAAAUAUCCUGGCCUACAUAUCAAUUUCCCAAAAGGGAAUGUAAAGUACAUUGUUUUUCCAGCAUUUAUAGACAAAGAAAAGGUGCUGAUCACUGAAUUGUGAUUUCAGUAAUAUUUCAUCUGUAAUCAAUACGAUUCUUUCCUUUGCCCAGUGCUGAAUUCCCUGACAAUCCCUACCUUCUCCAAAGAGGUAUUUCUUUGGCUGUCUGACAAGGUUAAAAGCAGGAUACACCAAUGGACAAAGAAAAAAGUGGAACGACUGUCUGCAGAAAGAAAUACUGCUCUUAACAAGAUCUCGGACCUGAAUAAAAAAAAAGAGGACAUUGAAGACCAUCUGAAGAGGAUUAAAAGAACUGUGACCACCAUAAUAACUGACAACAAGCUUCUUAAGGCUUCUUGCAAGGCCUAUGAAGUUACAACUCUGAAAUCGGCUAAGGUGAACCGCAGACUAAAACUGAAGGUGAAAAACUUAGAAAAAGAGGCAGAAAUAAUCAACAACACGCUGAAGAUGACUGCCAAACUGCUUCAGCGGAGGGAGAGCAGUCUACAGCAGAAACUGGCUCAGGAGAAGAUCUUUCACCAGGACACAGAGACUAACUUGAACUCCAAGCUUAAGGCCUUUCAACAGGACAUGAUUCAAAUCAACAUGGAGCGAGAAAAGACAGAAAAUUCACACAAGAUCCAGAUCAAGGAACUCGAAGAACAGUCCUCAGACAUGGAAAGACUGCUUAACGCCGCCAAAUUGGAAAGUGAAAAGCUGAGGGAAUCUUGCAAGGCCUUCCAAGUACAGACCACAACCUCAACUGAGGAGAUGAUUCGGCUAAAGACAAGUCUAGACCAGGACCGUAAAACUCAUCAAGAUGAGAUUAGCGCCCUCAAGAACAAACUGGAGAUGAUCACCAGCCUGGCCCAAGAGAAGGAGACCACUUUACAGCAGAAACUGGACCAGGAGCAGACCCUUCACCAAGAAACAGAAAAUAAAUUAAGCUCCAAGAUUAAGGCUUUGGAGCUGGACAUAAUGGAAAUGAGCAUGGAGCGGGAAAAGAUAGGAGAUUCACACAAGUCUGAGAUCAAGGAACUCCUAGAACAUUUGGUGAACAGAGAUAAAUUGGUUUACACAACCCAAUUAGAAAAAGAAGAGCUGAAGGAGUCUUGCAAGGCUUUCGAAGCAAUGACAACAAAUUUGGCUGAGGAGAUGAUGGGGCUGAAGUCGAGCAUCCAGCAGGAGCGAAAAGCACACCAAGAUGAGAUGAACACGCUCCGGAACAAGCUUGACAUGAUGUCCAUCCAGAUGCAGGAGACGGAGACCACUUUCCAGCAGAAACUGGUUGAAGAGGAGGCCAGAACAGCCCAAACAAAUUUGAAAUUUGCAGAGUAUAGAGAGGAGAUUAAGACGGUCACCAAAGAGCGCCAGCGUUAUCUGAAGAAUGAAGUGAGCCAAUUUUCCAGAACUAAUAAUAAUGAUAGAAUAGUGUUAUUUCAUAUUCUAGUGUCCUCAGUAGCAGUUUAUUUAGGUUUAACAAUUUCAAGCAGCUUUCUUUUUAGGGAUUUUCACGAACAUAGUGUACUAUACAUAUCUAACAUAAAAAGUCUGUAGACUUAAUUACUAAUUACAGCAAAUGUAUUUCCCCGGUGUUUCAUUGUGAGAGCUAAUUAACAGGAGAUAUACUGCAAAUCUCUCAUCCAGGCAUAACCACUACAUUAUGCAAGUGCUUAAGUUUAUAUUCCGUA